UCGACUGGAGAGAGGGGGGGGUUGUUUUGAUUAAAGUUGCUGGAUUUUUACAUUUUUUAAAUCCUUGCAUUGCUACGUUUGAAUCCAGGAUGUGUGAUGUGCUUUCAGAGUGUCACACCGCCGGCUUUUCGUUGCGUCCCCCGGAGGAGGACGCAGAUUUAUGAAUGAGCAGAGAGUCCAGUACGCGCAGCGAUGCUAAGCUAACCCGCUAGCUAAUUCAGCCACAACUUUAUAAAACUCCACAAAUAAGAAAGUAAACUGUUAUAUUUGGUGACUAUAUGAGCUUCACUGGCGGAGACUCUGCCCUCCGGAGUGUAACUUCAUAACUUUAUAGCUUUAUCCCGGGUUUUGGAGUGGACAGAGUGCAGGUGCACCUCUUGCGGCACCUGCGAACAAACUUCGCUUGGGAGCUAACCGUGGCUAGUUCGCGUUAGCAUUUACGAAGCGGAGACAAGAGCCGUGGAGCCGCUUUCCCCUCUCGUGGCAGGGAGUAUACGAGACUUUAAACUGCAUAGUGAUGUUUAAGCGUUACCCAUAAAGAGGUGAGGUUAGUUUAAAAGCAUUUAAAGGGACACACAGCCUCCAUAGCUCGUAUUUAACCCCUCCCCAUCCACUUGUCCCGGAGUGGCGACGUGGAUACCGCCGCCGCGCAGUGGACGCUCUUCUUGCGCAGGACUUUGGACACGGGACGCACGGACGCGCUGUGAUCCUCCCCCUCUGCUCCCCGCGUUGGUGUGACAGCAUGAGGAUCCCAACAACUUACAUUAUACAGUUUUAAAGUUUAUUCUUAUAUCUUGCAGCAUAUGGUGCCGCUACGGCCACCGAGAAAUGGAUGUCUCGCAGGCCGCUUUCCCAAACGGUGAAGCGCGGCCGGGCGGCGAUGGGACCGGGGAGCAUGGCUGGACGGACUCCCCCACGGCGCGGGCGUGGGCUCACUCCGCCCCGCUGUGUCCGACCAGGUCUCUCUGGACAGCCGCGUACGACUACGAGGCGAGCGGGGAGGACGAGCUCAGCCUCCGGCGCGGAGACGUGGUGGAGGUGCUCUCCAAAGACGCAGCCAUCUCCGGGGAUGAGGGCUGGUGGACCGGGAAGAUCCACCACCGGGUCGGGAUCUUCCCCUCCAAUUAUGUCACCUAUCAGCCAGCUAUUUACCGUCUCCCUGCAGCCGGUGGGGCCGUGGGGGAGCAGGAGCAAGCCCCCAGCUCCCCCAUACGGAUCCCCUUCAGCGAGCUGGUGCUGGAGGAGAUCAUAGGCGUGGGGGGGUUUGGGAAGGUGUACCGGGGUGCGUGGAAAGACCAGGAGGUGGCCGUGAAGGCGGCAAGGCAAGACCCAGAUGAGGACAUCACAGCCACUGCAGGAGGGGUGAAGCAGGAGGCGAAGCUGUUCUCCAUGCUGCAGCACCCCAACAUCAUCAAGCUGGAGGGAGUGUGUCUGGAGGAGCCCAACCUGUGCCUGGUGAUGGAGUACGCCCGAGGAGGGACGCUGAACCGGGCGUUGACCGGAAGGCGCAUCCCUCCACACAUCCUGGUCAACUGGGCCGUGCAGAUUGCACGAGGGAUGCUGUAUCUGCACGAGGAGGCCGUGGUGCCCAUUAUCCACCGUGACCUGAAGUCUAGCAACAUUUUAUUACUUGAAACCAUUGAGAAUGACGACAUCGGGAGGAAGACCUUGAAGAUCACAGAUUUCGGCCUGGCCAGGGAGUGGCACAAAACCACAAAAAUGUCAGCUGCAGGCACCUACUCCUGGAUGGCCCCCGAGGUGAUCAAGUCCUCUCUCUUCUCCAAAGGCAGUGACGUCUGGAGCUAUGGCGUCUUGCUGUGGGAGCUGUUAACAGGGGAGGUGCCAUAUCGUGGGAUAGACGGCCUGGCUGUUGCCUACGGCGUGGCGGUCAAUAAAUUAACUCUACCGAUCCCCUCCACCUGCCCCGAACCCUUCGCCAAGCUCAUGGAAGAGUGCUGGGACCAGGACCCCCACGUGCGUCCCUCCUUCUCCUGCAUCCUGGAGCAGCUGUCGGCCAUCGAGGAGGCGGUGAUGGCCACCAUGCCCCAGGACUCUUUCCACAGCAUGCAGGACGACUGGCGUGUGGAGAUCCAGGAGAUGUUUGAUGAGCUCAGGACCAAAGAGAAGGAGCUACGUUCCAGAGAAGAGGAGCUGACACGGGCCGCCCUCCAGCAGAAGUCUCAGGAGGAGCUGCUGAAGCGCCGGGAGCAGCAGCUGGCCGAGCGGGAGAUCAACGUGCUGGAGAGAGAGCUCAACAUCCUCAUUUUCCAGCUCAACAAAGACAAGCCCAACGUGAAGAAGAGGAAAGGCAAAUUCAAACGCUCCCGCCUUAAACUGAAGGAUGGAAACCGCAUCAGCCUGCCCUCAGAUUUCCAGCAUAAGAUCACCGUGCAGGCGUCACCCUCCAUGGACAAGAGGCGGAGCCUUCAUAGCACUAGCUCCUCCCCUCCCAGCAGCCCCACACCCAUCCCCCGGCUACGAGCCAUUCAGCUUACCCAAGACGAGAGCAACCGUACAUGGGGCCGUAGCACCCCCUUCAGGCCAGAAGAGUUCGAUGAUGUGAAAAAGGGAAUCAAGAAGAAAGGAAGAACGUGGGGUCCCAGUUCAGUACAGGGCAAAGAGAGGCCUGCUGCUGCUGAGAGAGUGCGUCCUCUGUCAGACGGCAGUAACCCCUGGUCCACCAGCCUGGUCAAAUCCCAGAAGUCUGUCCCCCUGUCCUCCCUGUUUGUUGAACAAACGGGGUCCGGUAAAGAUGAAACAUUCUCCCAUGAAUGUCCUGACAGCAGCUCCAAGCCAAAGCAGCUCAAGUUCCCCAACCAGGUGUACAUCGAUCUACCUCUGUGGAGGGACGAGCAGCAGCCUCAGAGCCCCGGUGGGCAUUGUGGGUCUGGAGAUGGCGGGGUUGGGGCAGCAGGUCAGGGUGGCCAACCAGAGACCCCAGAAGACCCCUACACCACCACAUCCACCUCGUCCACCUCCACCACCCCACAGGUCACCCCCACCAACAGCCUGAAGCGGACGUCAGCUCGCCGAAAGACCGACUCCGUGCUGUACGGCUGCGGCUCGCUGCUGGCUUCAGUUGUGCUCGGGUAUGACAUUAGGGAGGCUCUCAAAAACUCAGCGCCUGGGGAGGAUUGCGAGCCCCAGCGUGAGGAGAAAGAAAAGAAGAAGAAGGAGGGCCUCUUUCAGCGCGCGACCCGAUUCCGCCGAAGCACCUCGCCACCGAGUGGUGGUCGCCCCCGUAAAGAGGAGGCAUCAACAAACCCCACCGCUACCCAGCCUGUCAAUCUCAUCUCCAUGUCAGCUAUUAUGGAAUGCAACUCCACCAAGUGCCUCAUACAGUCUGAGGCGGAUGUGUUACACUCUAGGCCUGGGAAGGUGGAGCUUUCGGCAGCCAAUCAUCACACAGAGUCAUCCAGGCCCGGCCAAGCAGCUUCUACAGAAGUCCAGAAUAACAGGACUGCAGCAAACACACAGACGCCGCUGCAAACCCAAAGUGAGCCCCCUGAGCAGAGCAACACAGGAACACGUCUACGCAGGAAGAAAUACACCACCAACCACAAUACCAACGGCCCAACCACUCUGCCUCCUCCGGCCUCACAGAAGAAGCAAGAAAAGGAGCAGGACGGACUGUCAGAGAAGCCUCCUGGUGGGGAGGCCUUCUCCAGACCACGGCCAGUGUCGUUCCGGAACAAGCCGCACACCUGGGCCCUGCUGCGAGGACGCAACAAGAGCUACUCCCUGGGCCACUACUCCGGAGAGAAGACGGCCCAGAACCUCAGCGUGGUUCUGUCCUCGGAGGUGGGGAUGGGCUGCUCCCUGCUGGACAUGGACACAGAGGGACAAAAACGAGACUGCACUGUGCCGCUCUGCCGCAUUCAGAGUUCCCCGGGACGGACCUCCGUCUUUGAGCUGGAGAAAGAGUUUCUCUCUUAGGAGCCUUAAAAAGUGAUCUGCUGAGGUCAUAGUUCAUCCCAUACAACCUAGAGUGCUUCAGAACAUUCAGACAGAAUAUUUGGCCUAAAACUCCUGGAGGGUUUAGAACAAGGCUGCCUUUCUUUCCCCAUUUAAAGUUCUAGAACAUAGAAUCCAGCAUUGCCUUAGUUCUAGAACAUAGUGAUGUCAGUGUUCUGAGACGUCUACCAGACACCUGUGUCACAGGAGUUGUAGAAUGUGCACCCUCAUCUCAAUUCGAGGGCAGUCAUAAGCUCAGUUCAGACCAAAGAUUUGCAAUAAUGUGAAACUCGCAACUACUUGCAAUGCGCCAGUCUGCAAUAUUCUAAAAACCUGCCAGUUUAGACCAAUGCGACUAAACAGGACUGCUCUUUUCUGAUCCCACCUCGUGCCCAAGUGCACCAGAGAGUGGGAAGCAAAGGAAAUACCAAAAGCGUGUUCGGCACCUUGGUAGGACUUUGAUCUGGUUGCGCUGCUGCGUUCACGAGCCUGCGAUUUCCUUUUGGGCAUGACGGCAGAAACUAAUUUCUUGUUGAGGUAAAGAGAUAAAAAAAAUAAACGUUCUGUGCAGAGAAGAUACUGACAGCUGCUGAUUCAGACAGGAUACACCACAAUUUAGCCUAGUAACCAGCCUGUAGUUGUCUCUAUGUUCAAAAAUAUGUUUUCUUUUUAGUUUUACAGUGUUACAGGUUUAAAUAUCCUCGAUCAUUGGAUCAUAUUGUUUAUCCUGCUGUCAUAAUAUUCCCACGCAAGUUUCAGAUUUGCCUGCUGAGGGCGUCUGAAAUGGUAAAUGUAUGAGAGUUGGCAGACAGAAUGGAUAUGAUGGAACCGACACGGCCGUUUCUCAAACAGAUUUGAAAAACAACUGAUGAGGAUAUCCGCUCUUUCCUCUGUCCCGAAACUCGGCCAUUUUGACAAACUGAGCGUUUUUAACCGUCUUGACCAGCUGAGUAGCAGACGACACUAUCGGCCGGCUUGAAUCGCGCUGAGAUGUCAAGUUCUCACCGCUGCAACUUCUCCUCGCAACAGUUUUGUCUCCUUGCAAAUCUUUGGUCUAGACUGUGAUUUCCACACUGCCUCGACUCAUACUAGAACCCACAUUUACAAACGGUUCUGAAACCUGAGCAGAACCCAUUGAAUCAGCAGCCUCUUCUCUGGUCUCUCAAUGCUCAUCUCCCCCUCCCCUUUUUGUUACCUUCUUCCUUUCUCGUUCUGUCGGUGCAGCUAAACGUUGACCGCUGCUGCAGCUUUUCGCAACACAAUACCCUCACCUUUUUAUUUAUAUAUAUAUUUUUAUAGGUAAUUUAAUAUGAAGAGACUUGACCUUACCUUAGCAACCAGCAGGACAUACAUUCCAUGUCAGUUUCAAAGUUGUGCGAUCACGCUUUUAGAUUUUUUGACUUGAGAAUCAUGCAUGCAUGUACCCUUAAAAUGUUGAACAAAAAAAAAAAUCCCUAUGUCUUGUUUGUAAAUAUUUCUUUUUAUCCCAUUAUCAGCCUAAUGCUGACGGCAGUUUUUUAUUGCAUAUAUGCUGAUUUGUGACUGUUUUAAAAGUCAGCGAUGCUGCUGUACCGUUUGUGUUCCAGAGACAGGUUACAUACUGGAUCGUAGCAGGGAUGCAACUAUGUAUUCUCCCAGAAUGUCAUUAUGAUUUUAGACAAGCAAGUACAAAAAGACCUACAAAGCAAACAUUGAUUGGUUUCACUUGUUGAAAUGUAGUCAUGUGUUGAACAUAUUUAUAGAAUUUCUUUUUUUCCGGUUAAUCUUUCCUGUACUGCAGCAGGAUGGAGGAACACUUCAGCCACGAAUGUUCAUGUCAGAAAAAACCUGCCCCAAAUGAAUGAAUUUAUAAUCUAAUCCCUGAGAUGAUAUCUGAUUGCCCGCAAAUGCAAUGACAAGGCAGAAUCUUAAGAUUUAAACUGGUGAAAGAUUAUUUACACAGCUGGGAGUGGCCACAUGGGAGAAUCUUGUUUAGAACAUUUGAGUGAAGAAAAUAGCAAUUCUUACUCCAAAACAGACCCUGUGCCUUCAAUACUAAAGUUUCUCACUUUUUAGAAUUCAUAUACUCCUCUUUAUCAUGUGCACACAAGUUUGUAAUUAAUUCGAAACAAAUUAGAGUUUUUCUCCCUUUUUUGUUUGUUUAAAGCUCCACUUUGACAUGAGUACUCUACAUCUCAGAUUUCACCCCUCAUGGCCAUUAUUAGUUUACCUAAUUGCACACCUAAUUGAAUUGGUUUUGAUGAGUAAGGUUUUUCAGUUUUGGUUUAUUUCUAAGCUAAACUUUUUAUGUAGCAUAAAGCAAACAGUUUCCCGGCAUAGCCAAUUUCCACCUGGUAAAGGUCAGGAAGGUCUAGAGACAUUAUAGGACAGAAUUUAGUUAAAUAGAGUGAAGACACAGUUUCAAUAUCAGAAUGUAAAAUUUGAGCCAGGUGAAUGGCUUCCUUUAAAUUGAAAAAGUUUGUUAACCUGAUUUUAUUUUUUUCUCCGGAUCUCUGUGAACUUGACAGUAUGGAGGUCUGACUAUGCAGGAUAUAUAUAUAUAUACACACACAUACAUAUAUAUAUACACACACACAUACAGUACCUAGUGCCGUGGUCACUCCCAGGCCUUCUCUAAAAGUUGAAAAAAAAUAACUUCAUUUUGUUAUUUUUGACUGAUUUUAUUCCCCCAACUCUUUAUCGCUGUGUCACUUCAGUUUGUUUUUGAGAAGUUCGUUAGAAAUUGUGUCCCACUUUUGAGGGACAAAACAAAGCUCAUUUACAGUGAGAUGUGAAUUCUCAAAUGGUGUAAAUAUAAUUGUAAUUCCUGAUGUGUGCAUCACUGUGGCAUUUUCUGAAGAUUUAGAAUGGGAAGUAUCCUAUGUUCUGUAUUUUAUGACCACUGACUGUCAAACAACACUGCAAAAGCCUUACUAAUAAUCAAACUGUUAAAGGGGCAGUUUACAAGCCAAGAUAUCACUGGAUUUACUCUUUUUUUUUUUUUUUUUUUUUUUUGAAUUAAGGUUAUCUGUAAAUACCAUAAUGCACUGGUGCUGUAUAUUCCCCUUUAAAAUAUUGUAUUUUGUUCGAAGUUGAAGUCUGCAAUUUGUCUUCCACAGUUACAAAACUUUGUUCGCUAGCAGCUGACAAAAAGGUUUUGUCUUUCAAGGUUAACAAUGACUCGACAUACCCCAAAACAUUCCACUAUGUUUGAGAAAAUGGAAUAUUGGUGAUACUGGUUAUCAAUAAGGUGCAUUCAGGCUUCGGACCAAAUUCAACUCUACCAGCACUAAGGCCUCUAUGUCCUCAGGACCAAAACCACUCAAUGAACUAGCUGCUAGUGAGGAGCUCUUACAAAAUAAAGCUAUUCCGUACGAACACUUCACAAACGACCUCAGAGGCGCAGUGCAGCGCUGUUGCUGAGAGACCCGUCACCCUCUGUUAGAUGCAACCCUUCCUUUAAAUCACUGGAUGUCUCCGUCACACUGAAUGUGUCAGAAUUUGACCUGUUUCAGUGAACGUUUUUGUUAUCAUUACAGUAUUGGUUAUUUCACGCCUAAUUGAUCAAGAGUAUCAAGUUUAUCAACAUUUUGAAUAAAG